AUGUCUUUCAAGUCCUAUCUGCAGUGGGCUGCGGUUAUCGCGGCGUCCGCCCAGCUGGGUGCUGCCCAAACUUAUACCAGCUGCAACCCGCUAAAGAAAACCUGCGCAGCCGACACCGGCCUAGACCAGUACCGACUCAACACUGAUUUUACCACCGGUUCAUCCGCCUUCAACUACUGGAAUACUACUGGCGGCACCGUGGAAAGCACCUCUCUCGGAGCCAAGUUCACCAUCGCUGAGGAGGGUGAUGCGCCUACCAUCGAGAGCGAUUUCUACAUCUUCUUCGGGUAUGUGGAGAUUAGUAUGAGAGCGGCCAAUGGUACGGGCAUCAUCAGCACAACGGUGAUGGAGUCUGAUGACCUUGACGAGAUCGAUUGGGAACAAAUUAGUACCUAUGACAGCUCGAUCCAGACCGACUACUUCGGCAAAGGCAACACGACCGACUAUGACCGUGAUACAACAGUCAGCGUCUCUAGCCCUGAGGAAACCUUCCACACCUACGCUGUGAACUGGACGUCCAGCAAGAUCGAGUGGCUCCUAGACGGCACGGUGGUGCGGACGCUGGACUACGCCGCCGCAGUGGACGGCACCAACUUUCCGCAGACACCGAUGCGCAUCAAGAUCGGCAUCUGGGCCGGCGGCGACCCGAACAACGCGGAGGGUACCAUUGAGUGGGCUGGUGGCGAGACAGAUUACACCGACGGACCCUUCACCAUGUACGUUAAGUCGGUCAACAUCAUCAACUAUAACCCGGCACAGUCGUACAAUUACACCGACAAGACGGGCUCGUACACCAGCAUCAAGGCGUCGAAUGGAACUACUUCCACCAACUUGAUUGCCUCGUCAUCGUCGUCGUCCAACUCGACGGCCAGGUCUUCAGCUCUGGCGUCGGCGAAACUGUCUAGCUCUGCCGCUGCUAGCGCUAGUGCUUCCGCGUCUUCCUCGGCCGCUACAUCCACCUCGGCCGCUUCCUCCUACUCCUCUUCUCUGUUUGGUAUCGUGCUGGCCGCUUUUGUAGCUGGUAUGGUUCACCUGUAA